AGAAAAGUUUUGAAGCAUUGUCCGCCAUUGUACUUUGUUUAGAAAGAAAUUAAGGCAAAGCAUAUAGAGAGAGAGCCAUGUCUACAGAAUGCACUCUUGAAAACUCCGAUUUAGCCACAAAUAACAACCACCCCUAUUUCUGGUGGCCACAAGACAAUAAUAUCCAUCAUCCAAUAUCUUCAUGCAAUACUACUAGAAGCUCCAACUAUUUAUGGCAACAACAACAACAAGAAGCAAACAAUAAUCAGCAGUCAUCAGAUUCUUCCUCUUGUGAGGAAGAUGUUCAAAAUAGUGCCACUAAUAAUCUUCAACAAUAUCAGUUUCUACUUGGUGUUGAUGAUAACAGCACUUCUUUUAUUUCUGGUGAAACCGCUGCGUCGUCUGAUCACAGUCACCUGAUUUGGAGCCAACUUCUCCUAAGCAGCUCUACUAGUGAAACGGCUGGGAAUAUUAAUACUAAAAAUCUGUUGGAGAAUAACAACCAAGAUGCAAUUUCAGAGAUGAGCUUAUUAGAUGGAGCAUCAACCUUAAUCUCCUCUAAAUCUUGUUUUGACCAUAAUCAGCUGGCUAAUGAUGAUGAUGACUACUUUCAUCCCUACAGUAAUCUUCUUCUUGGGAGGCAAAUCCAUAUUAAUUAUACAGAUAAAAUUAAUGCUAUGGAACCUAGUUCACACCAAUACUGGAGACAAGGAGAAAAUGGACAUCAAGAAGUGAAAUUGCCUAGACAUCACUGUGGAAUACUGCCACAAGUGGAUAAUUCAUGUGCUGAUGAUAUUAAUUCAAGAAACUUUCCUGAUUUUAAUAGUAUAUCUUUUGGUAGCUAUUUAAGCAAGCCAUUGGUGGAUACUUUCAACGACUUUAAACCAAGUCUGAAAACGUUGAAUUUAGCACAACAUAAAAAGCAAGGCCUCCAACCUUCUCUUACCAAGUCUCGGGGUGCAAAAUCAACAUGCAGCACGUUGACAAGAAAUGGAAGAGCACAAGAAAUUCCAAGUGAAGUGAAAAAGAGGAGAUCAGAAGAUAAUUCAGACAUAAACUCAAAAAAGCAAAAGAAUGAAACUUCGGCAGUUUCCUCUCCAAAGAUACAAGCCCCGAAAGUGAAGCUUGCAGAAAAAAUCACAGCUCUCCAACAAAUUGUGUCACCAUUUGGAAAGACUGAUACUGCUUCCGUUCUGUGGGAAACAAUCAACUAUGUUAGAUUUUUACAUGAGCAAAUACAGAUACUGAGCCAUGCCUACAUGAAGAGCAAUACCUGCAAGGAACGCUGGGGAGGAUUUGACAGAAAAGACGUUGAUCUGAGGAGUAGAGGUCUUUGUUUAGUCCCAAUUUCAUUUACCCCUCAAAUUUAUCGUGAGAGUAAUGGAUCUGACUAUUUGAUCCCAUCAUAUAGAGGAUGCUUGUAUAGAUAAAUAAUUUUUUCCUUUUUCCUAUAUACUAAUAAAUUGUAUCAGCAAGUGUAAUUGAUACUCCUCUUCCAGCAUGUAUUUUAGUUUUGUCCAA